AGCGCAACACGGGAAACAAGACGAAACGAAACGGCAACGGAACAACGAAAAGCAAGCAGCGACAGUCGACAACGGCGACAGCAGCGUGUGCUGGGCUAUGCUCACUACAAAAGCCAUUCCGCAGCGCACAGUCAAAGCGAGCUCAAAUCUUUUUGCGCGGUUUUUGGAUUUUCAUUUUGGGUUUUAGUUGCGCGUCUUUGGCUGCAGCGAUUGCAACGCGACGCGCGCGUUUUACGCAGCAAUAACAACAACAACAACUGCGUUUAUAUUUUACGUGUAAACAAUAAUCGACAAAAAUUCCAACAAAACACAAUUCAAAUACAAAUACAAAAAAAGAAAGAAAUACAAAUACAAACACAAAAUUCAAAUACAAAUAAUUCAAAAGACAAAAAUAAAUAAAGCGAAUAAAGAAAAGAAAAAAUAAAACGGCGCGCAGCAGCCCUGCAACUGAAGAAGAAACAACAACAACAACAACAACUAGAGAAGAAGAAAAAAAACCCUCAGCGAGAGAACCUGUUCUGUUCCUGUAUGCGUGAGUGUGUGUGUGUAUGAGUGUGUGCGCGUCGCUGCUUAUGCAAAUUCGUGAACAAUAACAACAACAAUACUCACACACCUGGCAGCUGAUUUGCAGCAGCCAAAGCACACAAUGAAAGUUCAGCUUCAGCUGCUGUGACACGAACAACAACAACAAGAGCGAGCGAGACCAACGCAGAGGAUUUCGUUAUUGUCUUGUCAUUUGGAUAUGCAUCGCUUGAACAACAACAAACGAAAGACAAAGAAACGCGCAAUAAUUUAACGCCAAUCAAUACAAUACAACGUUUUACAACACUGCCAUUGCCGCAGUUUAAUACUCGCCUCAACUAUUGAAUCCUAAACUCCUGAAGCCUUUAACCGCUGUUACUUCAACUGUGCCAAGAUGUAUAAGUUAUUGGGUAGCCUGAAGAGCUACCUAAAGUGGCAGGACAUACAAACGGAUAAUGCCGUCUUUCGUCUCCACAAUUCCUUUACCACCGUACUGCUCCUAACCUGCAGUCUGAUCAUUACGGCCACCCAAUAUGUUGGUCAGCCGAUCAGCUGCAUUGUGAAUGGCAUUCCGCCACAUGUGGUCAACACAUUCUGUUGGAUUCACAGCACUUUCACCAUGCCCGAUGCGUUCAAUCGACAGGUUGGUCGCGAAGUGGCGCAUCCCGGCGUUGCCAACGAUUUCAAUGACAAGGAUGCCAGAAAAUAUUACACCUACUAUCAAUGGGUGUGCUUUGUGCUCUUCUUUCAGGCCAUGGCCUGUUACACGCCCAAGUUUCUGUGGAACAAAUUCGAGGGCGGUUUGAUGCGUAUGAUCGUCAUGGGAUUGAACAUAACGAUCUGUACGCGUGAGGAGAAGGAGGCCAAACGCGAUGCGCUGCUCGACUAUCUGAUCAAGCACGUCAAGCGUCAUAAACUGUACGCCAUUCGCUAUUGGGCAUGUGAGGUGCUCUGCUGUGUGAAUAUUGUGGUGCAAAUGUAUCUGAUGAAUCGCUUCUUCGACGGCGAAUUCAUCUCGUAUGGCACCAACAUUAUGGGCCUCUCAGAUGUGCCGCAGGAGCAGCGUGUGGAUCCCAUGGUCUAUGUCUUUCCACGUGUCACCAAGUGCAUAUUCCACAAGUAUGGUGCUGGUGGCUCCCUUCAGACGCACGACUCUCUCUGCAUUCUGCCGCUGAACAUUGUGAACGAGAAGACGUAUGUGUUCAUUUGGUUCUGGUAUUGGAUCCUGCUCGUUCUGCUCAUUGGACUGAUGGCUUUCCGUGCCUGCAUCAUCUUUAUGCCCAAGUUCCGGCCACGUCUGUUGAACGCCCGCAAUCGCAUGAUCCCGAUGGAGAUCUGUCGCUCGCUGUCCCGCAAACUGGACAUUGGAGACUGGUGGCUCAUCUAUAUGCUUGGCCGCAAUCUGGAUCCCGUGAUCUACAAGGAUGUGAUGAGCGAGUUUGCCAAACAGGUGGAACCCUCGAAGCACGAUCGCACCAAGUAAUCGAAGCGAAUCAGCAACGAAAAAUAAAAAUAAUAACAAAAA